AUGGAGUCACACAAAGUUUCAUUUUAUGUCUUGUGUUUGUUGGUCUUGGCCACUCGGUCUUACGUUGGCCAUGCCCAGUGCUCUGUAGCAGACGUCCUCAAGGGCCACAACGACGCAAGGGCAGAUUUGGAAGUGGAUGUUCCUCUUCCCCAUUUGGAUUGGAAUGAUACUUUAGCUGAUUACGCACAAAAUUAUGCUAAUCAGCGUAAAAGUGACUGCCAACUUGAGCACUCUCAUGGACCUUAUGGGGAGAACCUCGCAGUAAGCACGGGUGACAUAAAUUGUGCCCUUGCAGUGAGAUUGUGGGUUGAUGAGAAACGAUUUUAUGAUUACAGUACUAAUUCCUGUGAUGGAGUGUGUGGGCACUAUACACAGGUGGUUUGGAGAAACACGCUCCGAGUUGGAUGUGCCAAAGUGGCAUGCGAUGAUGGUGGCACAUUCAUCGGUUGCAACUAUGACCCUCCGGGCAACUAUAUUGGCGAACGACCUUAUUAA